CGCAAGGUAUUCUGGGAGGAGCUGUAGUUGAUUUGUCUCGCGCGCGGCCCGACCUUCGUGUCACGUCUGUCAAGAUGUUGGUCGAGUGCGUCCCCCAUGUAGCUGGUUAAUUGUGUAAUCGGAGCGUGUCCUGGGUGCUGCUGGGUGUGCGCCAUGUUUACGGGAACGGUGUUCGUGAAGCUGUGCGAGGCGUCCGGCCUACGGCCGACCGACUUUCAGAAGCGAUGGACGUUCGGCAAGCCCGACGAGCAGCUGAUCGACCCGUACGUAACCAUAGACGUGGACGACUCGCAUGUGGCGCAGACAUCCGCCAAGCCGAAGACGUUCGAUCCGGUGUGGAACGAGGAGUUCGAGCAGCAGGUGGAGAACGCCAAGGCGCUCACGCUCACCGUCUUCCACAAGACGACCAUCCCGCCCGAUCAGUUCGUCGCCAAUUGUUGUAUACCCAUUGAGGACCUGCUCAGCAAGGAGAAGGAGGAUCAGGACUUCUGGGUCAAUCUCGAGCCGACGGGACGGUUACACAUUCGCAUUGAUCUAAAAACAUCCAAUGCCGACUGCCAUCAUGGCGCAAAACCACGUGAAUUCAAGGAACGUCAGGGUUUCAAUCGGCGCCGCGGCGCAAUGCGACGUCGCGUUCACCAAGUCAACGGUCACAAGUUUAUGGCGACUUUCCUCCGACAGCCGACAUUUUGUUCACACUGCAAGGAAUUUAUUUGGGGUUUGGGCAAGCAAGGCUAUCAGUGUCAAGUGUGCACCUGCGUUGUUCACAAAAGAUGUCAUCUUCUGGUGCUAACAAAAUGUCCGGGAAUGAAGGAUGAGUCGACCAAUCAAAGCACACGCUUCAGCGUGAAUGUGCCCCAUCGAUUCGAGGUGCACAAUUACAAACGAUUUACGUUCUGUGAUCAUUGCGGCUCGCUACUCUACGGUCUGAUAAAACAGGGCCUGCAAUGCGCCUUGUGCAAUCUGAACGUGCACAAACGCUGUCAGAAGAACGUCGCCAACAAUUGCGGUACAAACACCAAGGAUCUGGCCGAAGUGCUCGCGAAGAUUGGCGUUUCACCCGACAAACAGGCACCUAUCAAGGGGACCUAUCUUCGCGCGAGUGGUAAUGGCGGCACAUCUGUUGGCGGCGAGGAACCGCCCGGGGGAUGUGAAGAUACGAACGCACAAGAGAAUUCGAAACCUCUAGAUGACAAAUUACAUGGAGAUAAAAUUGGACUGUCCGACUUCUCCUUUAUCAAAGUCUUGGGUAAAGGAAGCUUUGGUAAAGUAAUGCUCGCCGAAAAGAAGGGCACCGAUGAGGUGUACGCCGUGAAAGUGUUGAAGAAGGAUGUCAUCAUACAGGACGACGACGUCGAUUGCACAAUGACGGAGAAGCGCAUUCUUGCGCUCGCCGCCAAGCAUCCCUUCCUCACCGCUAUCCAUUCGUGUUUCCAGACCGCCGAUCGACUCUUUUUCGUGAUGGAGUACGUCAACGGCGGCGACCUCAUGUUCCAGAUUCAGCGCGCGCGCAAGUUCGACGAGCCGCGCGCGCGUUUCUACGCGGCCGAAGUGACGCUCGCGCUGCAAUUUCUACACAAGCACGGCGUCAUCUACAGGGACUUGAAAUUGGAUAAUAUUCUGCUGGAUGCCGAGGGGCAUUGCAAAUUGGCGGAUUUCGGUAUGUGCAAGGAGGGUAUACUAGAUGGCGUUACAACUACGACGUUCUGCGGCACACCGGAUUACAUUGCGCCGGAGAUUCUGCAAGAAUUGGAGUAUGUCGCGUCGGUGGAUUGGUGGGCGCUGGGUGUUUUAAUGUAUGAAAUGAUGGCUGGACAGCCGCCGUUCGAGGCGGACAAUGAGGAUGAUUUAUUCGAAUCGAUCCUGCACGACGAUGUGCUGUAUCCGGUGUGGUUGAGUCGUGAUGCCGUCAGCAUACUGAAGGGAUUCAUGACCAAGAAUCCGAGUAGGCGAUUGGGUUGUGUCGCUGCGCAGGGCACGGAACAAGCGAUUCGGGUUCAUCCAUUCUUUAAAGACAUUGAUUGGACUGCGUUGGAGCAGCGCAAAGUAAAACCACCGUUCAAACCUAAAAUUAGAAAUCCAAAGGAUGCACUUAAUUUCGACACGGAAUUCACAAGAGAAGAGCCCGUACUGACGCCCGUCAAUGCCGAGGUGUUGCGUUCAAUAAAUCAGGAAGAGUUCGCCGGUUUUUCGUUCGUGAAUCGAGAUUUCAACCCUUCCCGCUUCUCUGACUAAUUACGUGCAAUAUCAUCGCUUCGCUAGAAUCCAUUACCAAAGAUUAGUACAUAUUAAUAUACAACAAUAAUAAACUGUGUAAAAACACACGAUUUGCGCAUGCGCUACAAUUUUCAACAUGGUGGAAGUUUGACGCAGAUUGGUUACGAAACUUGUCAAACAGCUGUCAAACUUGAGUUGAUUGAAAAUGCUGCGCAUGCGUCAAAAUCCAGCUCGAAUUGUGGUCAUAAAAUCACAGGAAAAACAUUAAUUAUGAUCAACAAUGCAAUGCAACUAUAAAUAUUAUACAUAGCAUAUAAUGCGACUACCGUUAAAAAGAAGUAACAAGAAAUACUAAAUAUAUAUAUAAAUACAUUGUGUGUGGAUGUAUGAAUGUUAAGUAAAAUUUUGAUGAGCAGUGUUGUGAAUGCAAACAAAGAAAAAAACUAAACAAAACAUGUCUAGUCGAUGUCAUAUUAAUAGGAUAGGAGAAUUAACGUACGUAUUAAGGACAUAAAAUGAAACUAAAUGUGAACAAUGAGAUCAAUCUGUCAAAACACACCCACACACACAUAACAUAACCUACACACAAGGUACAGGGCGUUUUCUAGCUGGAACUUAACCCGGACAUUGAUUUCGUUCGCAUCCGCAAUCCUCCUCGUGUUUGGUGGGUUGCGGGCAUUUAUCUCGAUAGUUACGUGUGCAUUUGAUCGAUCAACUCGUGGAUUAUUUCUUGUGUAUUCAUCCGAAUCUCAAACUAUAGUUAGAUCUCGCCCCGUAUUCAAACAAUGAUGAGAGUACAUUUCUAAGAAACGUAUAUACUGUUAUCUAUUACCAUGUUAUAGAUAUUUAUUAAUGUGUUUAGGAUAGAAAAAUUGUCACUAUGUGUAGCAUUGUGCACGCAUCUCCGUCGCCGCUUGCCCCGUCUUGUGCCAAACCCAGAAAAAGUUCACCCGCAUUCAACAAAAACACAUUGACAACCACCCGAAAAUUGAAUCAGAUACUUAACCGAGAAUAUAUAUAAACAAGAGCAACCAACUGUUAUUGUUUAUAUACCAUGUUUGUACAACUAGUAAUGUACCAAUGUGUUAUUAUCGUAAAUGGUGUAAAAUUUCAUUUCUUUUGUUCGAAACGAAACGGAGUGUUUUUCUGUUUAGGUGAGAUGCGAGAAACAAAACAAUGCGAAUGAAUUUUACUCAUCGCGAUGACGCGAAUGUUUCUGUUCUGGAAUCUCCGAUGAUUUGCGCUUGUAUCACUUAAUCUAAACAUGCACGUUAUACAUGUAACAUGUCAGGUGCGACACGGAGUAGGAACACACUCAUUGCAAUGAGUACACGCGCGCUGUUUUAUUUAUGAAUUAGUUGAUGAUGAUGAUGAUGCUGGUGGAUGAGUAAUGUUUCAUCAUAUAACUUUUAGAUCAUUUAAGCAAAUUGUUUGAGAUUCUGUCUGUUGUACAAUUAAUAAUUAGUGAAUACUAACGAUAAGUGCAAUCAUAUUUGUGAGGAAAAUGAGAAACAGUGAAUAAAGAAAAAUCAAAUUUGA